CAUAUGGAUACGUAACAGGUUUAAAUGGAAAAUAAUGCAGUUUAUUGGCACGCGUCAUGUGAACCGGUAACAUACCAUGGCUUGGAGCUAAAUGUUACCGAUGAAGCUGUAUGUAGUAUAACGCAACCAUGUUCAUACAGACCCAUGCAGAACGGCACUGAAGAUCAAAAUAGCUGUCGCUUGAUGUCAUUUACGAGCCUGUAUCAUACUUUGCAGGAUAUUCGCCGCCCUCUUUUGGCUGUUUAUCGAGGGGCUAGGCAGUGUUUGCCGUCUCUAACUGAGCCCUUUCUUCUACUGUUAUUCAUUUGGAAUCUGAGCUGCAUCUCUCAACUGGGCCUCCUCUCUUUCGGUGAUAUGGCAGCGGUGCUGGGAAAGAGCUUUGAAGGCCUUCGCUGGCUUUCACGCCCCCCCCCCCCCCCCAUUUCAGGAGGAUCCCUUACACUUACCGUGCCCGUCUUUCCCCAAGUGCCCCGCGCCGGAGUCCGCCGAUCUGGCACCCAAAGAGACACGCAUCACUCUUCCCGCCCUUUGAGAAGAUUGAUGGGCGUACGAGAUGCAGGUGCAGUGCUGCACGAGAUGCAGUGCUGUACGUCUGCCUGUUGCCCACCCCCCCCGCGGAAGCAAGGCCGGGAAAUGGACCAAGAUCGAUGGCUGCAAUGUUUCAUUUUGCCAGACGGUGGCAGCAGAAGCACUGGAUGGAGGCCACAAAGGAGCCAAGGGCUUUGGAUACUGGCUUUGUUUUUUUUUGCAUUGAAGUCCCUGGGCCCCCACCUCCAGGUACCUGCCCUGCAAAUACACAUCAAACCAUUUUUCAAGGUUCAAAGCUGUGUAUUUUUUUUUUGCCUGUUCUGCAGGGCUUUUCUGGCCAAGGGAAAAAAAAUUGUGGGAAAAAACUGUGGAUACUGUAUAUUGAAGGAGAAGCAGAAACAGGAAGCGGGUAUUGGAUAUGCGAUCCCUCAUCUUUUGUAUUUUCCUGCCUUCCCGUCCUUGCUGUAUACGAUAGAUAUGUCUUUGAAUGCUUGAGGUAAUGUAGGGUAAGUUUUAUCGUCUGAGGGGUCUUUCAAGAACAUAGCCAUUGCUACUGUUUUUUCCCCACAACUGUCUAUAUUCAUUUGUCCCUGUCGCCUGGAUUUUGAUACAGGGCUUAAUUAAAUGCAUUGUUUACUCUGUUUGAAUCCAGGUUAAUGUUUUAGUAUCUCAGUGGUUUUCAGCCGUAAAGUCCUUUGCUUGACAAAUGAAACUUAUAAUGUGGCUUUUGUUUAGCAUCGAUCGGGUGUCUGAAGCUUUUCUAUUGCACAGUAAAAAUCCCAGAUUUAGAACUAUACCCCCAUCACAAUGGGGGGGUGCAAUCUGCAGUCUACUGUAACAUUACUUUUAGUUAGCUGUUACAUUUGGGGGAGUUGUGUCCAUGUCGGAUUGUGGAUAACAUCUAAUGUUUUGUGCAUUUUGAGUCCCUUGUUGAUAUAGAUUGUAGCGUGACUAGCGUGCGGUCCACAGCACCCCAAGAUGCACAUUCAAAUGCAUAGAGUGUAGAUUUUAAUUCAGCAGGCCGAUUUGCACAACGCGUUAACAAUGGUUAAAUGUACUCACAGUCGAGAAAAGUCAUCAGAGUUAUUGAUCCACCAGCCUAAUGUGAAUAAAUUAUUAUUUUUUUUUGGUCCAGCAAUAAUAUAAUUUUAAAAGCGCUCUGAUUCCAGGUGGGUCUGACCUCUGGGUCUGGUUCUCUAUCCUUCUUGGAACCGUAGACUGUACGUGGUUCCAUAUAAUACUGAGGUUUUAAUGGCACCUUCAGAUCUAUAUUUGACUCUUCCUUCUUGUUCCACUGAUUAGUGUUAAGUCUGCACUGAUCAUUUAGCUUAGAAUCUUAGCCUGAGUCAUGGUGGGGGGGGGAAUUAAAAUGAUCACAAUGUAAUAAUAUGUUAAGUAAGCCUUUCUGUCAAUGCUGACAAAAGCAAUAGUUUUGCCAUACCUUGUGCCAUAUGCUUCGGUAAUGGGUGCACAGGACAGUAACAAUAUCUGAUAUAUACUGUGCUGAUUUGAAUUAGUCAAUGCUAUUUAUCAGUGGGAAAGUUACAGUUGAAACCUUAUUUCGAGGGUGUACUUUUUAAAGAAUAGAUAUGCCAUGAAGUAAUUGUUAGAUUUCCUGGCUGUUCCCAUCAGCUGGAUUCUGUGGCUUUCGACACGUUUGUGUUUAGGCAGCUUACUGCUUGUGUUAACUAUCGUUUGGAAAAUCGGUUCAGACACGCGGGCGAUGAGGCGGCCUCUUCAUCCUGGUUACUCUUGGCAGAUGAUCAGCCCCGCCUUGUGCUUUUGCGCGGCUAAAACGGACGUGCGGCGGACCUUCGCAGAACAGAGCUGCCGUGCUGGGCGUACCGCGGUGAGAACAGUGGGUCUCGACCAAAACUAGCUUUCGGCCGGAGUGACCGGGUGGAGGGCGGGGAGGUAAAAAUCAGCUUUGCGGUAGUGAAAUGUCUCUUAAGAAAGACACACCAGGUUUCGACAUUUAUGCUGGACGAGAGUGUGUUUCAUUUUCAGCCCCUGUGUAUUUUAAACCAAGAAUGGUCAGGAGGGAAUUUCAAGUUUAAAAAAAAAAUUACUUUUAUUUUUUUAUGGAUAAAUGAACAAAGAGAUGAAAACGACUUUAUUUAAGAGUGACUUUAAUUGUGUUGCUGUUGUAAUUUAUAUGGCUGUGAUUUUUUUUGUUUCAUUUUGUUUUGUUGUAACUGUCUUGUUUGUAAAAAACAAAACAACCCCGUAAUCUA